CGCAAUGUUACCGGCGCGCCAUCUUGACAGCGGGAGCUGCAAUCAAACCCACCGGAUCUACGGUGGCUGAUCGCUCCGUGAUCCCUCACCGUAUAGCAAAGUCCGCGGUGACGGGACUAGCUGGAGCCCUUUCGUACGUGUCAGGGGCCCCCCUCACAGCGUGAGAGGGGAUGCCUUCUAGCGUUCUCCCCAUCAGGGUUGUGUGACUGCAGGGGACAGGAUGCCAGUGGUGUGGCCGACCCUCCUGGACUUCAGCCGAGAUGAAUGUAAAAGGAUCCUCCGUAAACUGGAGCUGGAGGCGUAUGCGGGCGUCAUUAGCGCCCUCCGCGCACAGGGCGACCUCAGCAAGGAGAAGAAAGACCUCCUUGGAGAACUCUCGAAGGUUCUGAGCAUUUCUACGGAGCGGCAUCGCGCAGAGGUGCGCAGGGCGGUGAACGAUGAGCGCCUCACUACUAUCGCUCACAAUAUGUCCGGUCCGAACAGCUCUUCUGAGUGGUCUAUUGAAGGGCGGAGGUUGAUCCCGCUCAUGCCUCGUCUGGUCCCGCAGACGGCGUUCACAGCUGCCGCCAAUGCUAUCGCCAACUCAGCCGGACAGCACAACGCCUCGCUGCCGGACCCGGCAGAGACUGGCAACAAGGAAGUGGUCGUUUGCUAUUCUUACACCAGUACAACGUCCACACCUACAUCCACGCCGAUCCCCAGUGGUAGUGUUGCCACCGUCAAGUCACCCCGACCUGCUAGUCCUGCCUCCAAUGUGGUUGUCCUGCCAAGUGGCAGCACAGUUUAUGUGAAAAGUGUUAACUGUUCGGAUGAUGACGAGAAGCCUCGCAAGCGACGGAGAACCAACUCCAGCAGCUCCUCCCCCGUGGUCCUAAAAGAUGUUCCCAAACCCACAACUCCGGUCUCGAAAACCAUCACUGUGCCCGUCGCCGGCAGCCCCAAAAUGAGCAACAUCAUGCAGAGCAUUGCCAACUCCUUACCCCCGCACAUGUCACCGGUGAAGAUCACAUUUACCAAACCCGCCACCCAGACCACCAACACCUCCACCCAGAAGGUCAUCAUCGUCACAACCUCUCCGAGCUCAACAUUUGUCCCCAACAUUUUAUCCAAGUCUCACAACUAUGCAGCCGUCACCAAGCUGAUCCCCACCUCCGUCAUCACCUCCACCACGCAGAAGCCACCAGUGGUCGCCACCUUGGCCCAGGCCUCUGCUGGUAUGACCGGUGGUGCCUCAACUCCGGUGUCUACAGGAAGCAUCGCCGUCACCUCAGUGGUGUCUGCAACCCCAUCCCUUGUGAUGUCAACCGUGGCCCAAAGUGUCUCUACGUCAACAGUAAAAGCCGCUUCCAAUCGACUCCCCUCCCCCAAAAGCCUGUUGGCCUCUCCCGGUCAAAUCCUUGCGCAGUUUCCCAAGCAGUACCAGCAGUCGCCAAAACACCAGAUCCAUCAGAUAACGCAGCAGACGUCGCCUCUGGCACAACAAACCGCCCUAUCCCACCCUGCUCCAUCCCCACAGCAACAGCUGCCCCCAGGGAUCAAACCCACCAUACAGAUCAAGCAGGAGUCUGGUGUCAAAAUAAUCACACAACAAGUUCAGCCCAGCAAGAUCCUCCCCAAACCGAUGUCCGCAUCUCUUCCGAACAGCAGCAACGCCCCAAUCAUGGUGGUCAGCAGCAACGGGGCAAUAAUGACGACCAAGCUGGUCACCGCUCCCGGCGGGACACAGACGACUUACACACGUCCGGCUGUCAGCUCAGCCCUUGGGGCUCGUAUGGCAGCUACUCCAGGUGCCACAUAUGUGAAGACCACCAGUGGAAGUAUUAUCACCGUGGUGCCAAAAUCGCUGGCCACAUUGGGAGGCAAGAUCAUCACUAGCAACAUCGUAUCUGGUACAACCACAAAGAUCACCACCAUCCCUAUGACUUCUAAACCGAAUGUCAUUGUGGUGCAGAAAACGACCGGCAAAGGCACCACCAUCCAGGGCAUCCCGGGGAAAAAUGUUGUGACGACGCUGCUGAAUGCCGGGGGUGAUAAAGCUCUUCAGGCCAUGCCGGGGGGCGCAAAGCCAGCAAUCAUCACCGCCACCCGCCCCAUUACUAAGAUGAUCGUCACACAGCCAAAGGGUAUAGGUUCAGCAGUGCAGCCAGCAACGAAGAUCAUCCCCACCAAAAUAGUGUACGGACAGCAGGGGAAAACCCAGGUCCUCAUAAAGCCAAAGCCGGUCACAUUCCAGGCGACUGUCAUGAGCGAACAGACCCGGCAGCUGGUAACUGAGACCCUGCAGCAAGCAUCGCGGGUAGUGGAGACCACCAGUGCCACCAUCCAAGAAGUGAAAGAAGACACCGAGAGCAGUUCAUCGUCUACAGAGUCCUCCCAGAGCUCGCAAGGUGCUCAUGUCUACAUGUCAAAUUCCCAGCCGGUGGUCCAUGUCAUCGCAUCUCGGGGUCACGACUGGUCGGAACAUGAAAUCGCCAUGGACACCACGCCCACAAUAAUCUACCAGGACAUCGGAGGAGAGUCCCAGUCUGCGACGUCCACCAUCAAGGCCCUGAUGGAGCUGCAGCAAACAAGCGUGAAGGAGAAAGCGGAUUGUAAGCCCCGCCAGCCGACUAUUGACCUCAGCCAGAUGGCUGUUCCAAUCCAUAUGGCCCCAGAUAAACAUCAGACCGAAAGUUCUUCCAUUGCUGUGGUGGAGUCAGAAUUGGUUGCAGAAUACUUAUCUACAGGUAAAACGAGACCCAUGGUGUCCACCACCGUAAGUUCUGGCGACCUCCCUUUCACGUCUCUCCUCCACGUCAGCCACCCGUCGCAGCACCACCAUCAGCUGCAGACCUCGCAGUCCUCUCGUACGCUGCUGCAGCACGUCUCUCAGUCUCAGAGCGCGGCGCAGACCUCCGUGUUGGUAAAAUCUCUCCCUACGUCCACCAGUGGGGCCAUCACACACAUAAUGCAUCAGGCACUGAGCAGCCACACUGCCUUCAAGAGAACAGAAGAGACGGUGACGGAAGAGGGUGAAGUGGAAGAAAUGGACACGUUGGACCCCCAGACCGGUCUCUUCUACAGAUCUGCUCUGGCUCAAAGGCAGCAGAAACAGAUCCACCUGCACCAGGAGGGAGCGCACCUCCAAGUGAAGACAGUCCAGUCCCUGCAGACCAAGCAGAAGCAGUUCUUCCAGCUUCAGCCCGAGCACAUUCAGCAGAAGAUUCAGCAGACGGCCCAGCUGUCCAUCAGACAGCAGAAGAUCACCCCCCUGCAGCAGGAGCACAUCCAGCAGCACACGCAGCGCCACAUGCUGAUCAAGGAGAGGCACCUCCCGUCGCUGAUGUCUCAGCCGCAGCAGACUGUAGUGCAGGUGCUGGCCGUGAAAACAACGCAGCAGCUGCCGAAACUCCAGCAGGUUCCAGGUCAGCAGAAGAUCUACAUGCACUCACAGCUCUCCCAGACCCCAGUGCACAUCCCAGUCUCAUCGGAGAAGCAAUCUACCGGCCAGCCAAUUGUAACACACGGUUCUGCGGUUACGAAGAUCACAUUUGAGGGUCUCCAGCCGCCCACUGUUUCGAAAACAACGGUAGGCGAAUGUCUGCCGAAGCUCACCCCUGCCAUGACCAGUAUCCUCCCCAACAUGUCGAUGGCAGACAAGACCUCUGUUGCGGAUAUACUGAAGAUGUCCAUGAUGGAAGCAGAUAUAGAUCCGAACGUGGAACCUAUGAUUGUGGAUCCGCCAUGUAAAGUCGCUCCUAUUAUUAAACCUAUGCCAGUGUUAACAGAGGCGGCCAUAGCUUCUCAGGUGCAGAGGUUGUCUGCACAAAGUGCAGUGACUACAACCGUACCUCCGCCUCCUAAAUGCUUCCCAGCCCCCAUCAUCACUGCAACCUCUUCCACCACUUUACCAGUGCCGCUGCCACCGCCUCCGCCGCUCACCAGGAAAGUAGAUGUCCCUGUUGCCAGUCAGAUCAUUCAGAUCCAGAACGUUCCACAGACUCCAAAGAGAACGGAAGAAAUGCCUUCUGAAAUUAUUAUACAGACCAUCCCCCAGUACCCCAUCCCCUGUCACUCGAGCUCCAAUGUGGUGGUGGAGCCCAGCGGCCUCCUGGAGAUGAAUAAUUUUACCAGCCAACGUCUUGGUGAUGAGGACACGGUGAUCAUACAUGACGGUGACAUCACCACGGAUGAGAGGACACAGUGUAAACCCUCCCUGAACAUAGAGCAUGUGUAGCGGCCGUGGGAGGGAUGCCGUCAUAGAACCUCAGCGGAGGAGGCUGUUAUUUCACAUACAGCGUAUGACGGGACAAUUUUCUCUAUGAGCACAGUAUUUUAUUUUUAUUUUUUUAACGCCAGUGAGAGAGAUGUUGUGUUUUUUUUUUUUUUUUUUUACCAGGACGUUGUGCUGGACGAAUCAUGGAACCACUUCAGGAUCUGCACAUUUCAUGGGAAUCUGAUUAUCUGUAUAUAAAAUGUCCGCCUCUGAUCCCUGCGGGUGUUACACCCAAUAUAUGCGGGCUUGAAUAGCAAGGGACGCUUGAUGUGUGACGUACUGGGAUGAGCUGAUGAUUUUAGCUUGUCAAAUGUAGAAAAAAUUCCUUUAAUCCGGCACCUGAUGUGGAAUGGGACAAGGUCAGAAGCAGUGGACUGAGCAGAAAGAGUUAAUUUGCUCUUCCUAUGGCAUAAGGCGACCUGAUAAUCUAGAGUGUCCGAUAAUCUGGCGCCACUCGUGUCCCACUGAUGCCGGAUUAAAGGAAUUUUACGCUCUGUAUGUCUACAGGCAUAGAGAGGCAUACCAUUACGUGUAAAGUGAAUUUGUUUUUAUUUGACAUUGGUGGGAGCUGGAUUAUCCAACACUCUGGACCGUUAGAGGUUUUCUUCUGCAAUUUUUAUGAAAUAUUGGCCAAAUUGCAGAGAUUUUCCAUAGUUUUGUAAAUGUCGCAGCAUCUUGACCGUGACGUGUGAAUAGAGCCUUAGAGCAGGCCCGGUCCUUGCGACAUUUGGUGCUGACCUAUGAGAUUUUUCCAGAUUACUGGAUGCCAGAUGAAAGGAAAUGUAUCCUAAUUCUUAUACUUGGACACCUGUCACUCUUGACUUUGAUAGGGUAUUGGUGGGUAACCCGUCGCUCUGUAUACAGCAAUUGUGCAACUACAACUCCCAGCAUGCUGUGACAGUCACUGCCUGGGAGUUGGAGUUGUGCGACAGCUGUAGAGCUACUGGUAGUACAGUUCACACGUCUAUUGAAACCAGUAAUUUCCCAUAAUACACCCGUCUGCGAUACCAAAAUGGCCGUACCGUAUGUAAAACGAAGCAUUUUGGGCCUACUUCAGAGGCAUUUUGUCCUUGUUGCCUAUGGCAACGAAUAGGGAAGCAGCUUCCUUUUGUUCCUGUGAACGAAUCACAGUUCAGCUUUCAUCUUUCUGCUGCUGCUUCAAAAAUGAAAGCUGUGCUGUGAUUGGUUGCCAUGUGCAACAAGGCCUUAGCUGCCGGUUUGAGGCCUAGUGAAUAGUUUUAAGUAUACUAGAAAACCGCUAGUCAUGUGAUUAUGGCUGUUGCCAAGUAACCAGCUGUUCCCCCAUAGCAAAUAAUAUCAAAAUGGAGGCUGGCAGCACUAUUCACACUACCGUCAUGGCGUUUUAUUUGCGGCUAUGGCACAACAGAUGUGUUUUCAGUCAGUGAAUCUUGACUCAUAAUGAGGUCUAAGAAAUUUUAGUUGGAGUUCGGUGUUUUGUUUUUUUUUUAAAACAAGAAUAGCACCACAAGCCAGCCAGCCAGCCAGCCGACAGAACGGACGCCAGUGAUGUAAAUCGCAGUUUAUGGUAAAACUGUAUUGACAACUGCACAGGACGCGCUCAGACUUUUGUAAGAGGUGGAGCAUCGCUAGCUGCCAUGUUUGUUUACACGGAGGACCUCUAUGGAUGAGGGACGCAUUCGUAAAAAUUUUGUUUGUUCAUGGCCCCGCAUCAGCCUCUGAGGUUUGAAGUUUAUGCCCUGAACUGUGGUGCUAAAGCCUGAGCGCGUCCUGCGUACGCUUCAGUAAACUUUAUUGACAUUUCUUGGCGGACAGCUUGGGAGUUGGGUAGAAUUAGGACAUGGCUGUUCCAGAAAUGGCGCCACCCCUGUCAAUAGGUUUUGUCUGGUAUUGCAGUUUGGUGAUUUUUGUAGGGAGUUGAGCUUGCAAUACCACACACAACCUGUAGAGGGGGUGCUGCUCUACAUAAAGCAGUGACUUUAUGUAGAUUGUCACUGGUAGCACAUAGCAAAUGUAUUUGUCCUUAUUUUUUUUCAGACUUUGCAGGAGUUUGAACAGCCCUGGGUUUGCCUGUAAAGCAUGGUAGAGGUCGGCAUUUUUAAAAUGGCGGUAGACGUGCAGAUAGUGUACCGACCGCUUCUGGCGGUAAAGGGAGCUCCAAACCCUUGUAUUACUAUAUGGAGGACCCAAUACAUCUGUGCAUUUCAUAGGCCGCCCAUCGAUUCGAAUGAGAACUGUGUAAUGCCUUGUUUCACCCGUGGGGGCACUGCAGGGAAACUGGACACUUGCUGCCAGGUCCUCCCUGAUCGCUGAAGUUUCUGCUGUGAUCAUCUUAAAAGGGCCAUCUAGGAUUAGAAAAACAUGGGGACUUUCUUCUCAAAAUGGCGCCGCACCUUUCUACGGUUUGUCUGGUGCAGCGGCUAAGCUCUAUUGAAGUGAAAGGAGACGAGCUGCAGUACCACGUACAACCUGUAGACAGCUGUGGUGCUGUUGUGUAGCUGCCUAGUGUUGGGGGUGACAAUGUUGGGUGACUUUAAAAAGAAAAAUUUGUCAGUCCCCCAAUUUUCCCAGGUUCCUGUACAGUAAAUCUGCUUAGUUAAGGCCUCGUUCACAUUUCCGUUUUUUACUGACGCGUGCUAUUCGCUUUUUCUGCGGACAGCACACAUACCCAUUGAUUUAAAUGUGUCUGUUCACAUUUUAUUUAUUUUUUUAUAUACGGACUGUGGGUCAGUAAAAACAAAUCACUGGGACAUGCACUACUUUGAUCCGUGAUGCGGACCACGCACGCCCAUUGAAGUCUAUGGGUCUGUGAAAAUCACUGACACACAUCCGUGUUGCGUCCGUUUUUUCACUGAAGAC